AUGCGACGGCGAGCCGAGGCGGUCGCGGCUCCCACACAGCGGCAGCAGCAGCUCAGGAGGCAGCCCAGAUACGCCGCGCACCGAGCGUCCUUCUCUCGGAAGGUUCUCGCCGUGACUACAGUCGAGCCCACACAAACUCCCACUGUGUGGAAGCACUCCCUCUUGCAGUUGCACGGCAAUCAAAAGCACAUCAGUCUGGCCUCGUGCCAGAGGAUGGAUCCCUCAAAGCACCCCAUAGUCACCACUAACUACGGGAAGCUCAGAGGCAUCAAGAAGGACUUGAACAAUGAGAUUCUAGGCCCUGUGGAGCAGUACCUUGGAGUGCCCUAUGCCACAGCACCCAUAGGAGACCGCCGCUUCCAGCCGCCCGAAGCUCCAGGAUCUUGGCAGGAGAUUCGCAAUGCCACCCAGUUUGCCCCUGUGUGCCCUCAGAAUGUCCACGGUGUUCUGCCUGAGAUAAUGCUCCCUGUAUGGUACACAGACAACCUGGACGUGGCGGCAGGAUAUGUACAGAACCAGAGCGAGGACUGCCUGUACCUCAAUGUCUACGUCCCCACAGAAGAUGGUCCGCUCACAAAAAAAACUGAUGAAUCUUCAAUGAACAAGCCUCGAGACGAAGAUAUCCGUGAUCGCAGGAAGAAGCCAGUGAUGCUCUUUAUUCAUGGUGGCUCCUACAUGGAAGGCACAGGAAACAUGUUUGAUGCCAGCGUCCUUGCGGCCUACGGCAACGUGAUCGUGGUGACCAUGAACUACCGACUCGGCGUGCUCGGUCUCAGAGCACUGGUGACCUGUUCAGUAAUUCAUGAGCAGAAAGCAUCAGAGACCAUUUCUCUUAGGCUGCUACUGGAAAGUCUCAGCAGCAAAAAUCGGUGGUUAUCGGUGACACCCUGGUUGCCUUGCCAGGAAGACAAUGAGAGCACAAAGCUUCUUGAGAAGAGAAGUGCCCAGCAUCUCUACUAUGGCUUGCCACACAUCCCCUGA